AAAUUACAAAGAUGUUAUAAAAAAUUGUGGUGACAAAAUAUAUUUAGAUAUUAUGUCAUUUGUGAUUAUUGUCCGUAAGGAUGAAGGAUUUGCUAAACUGCCGUGAUUGAGUGUGUGAACGAUUCGCUGUAUUUGUACCAUUUCCUAUAAAUAUUUGAAGUAUAAUGCCCAAUUUUGUACAAAAAUACAUUUUGAAACUACUUAUUGACGCUUAAAGCUUCUUUGUGUAAUUUGAUAUAUCCUUUUAAACUUUAUUAAGAUGGAGCCAGUUGUUAAAGUUCCUUUGCCACUAGAACCCAUAAAAUCAAAUCAAGUGGAGGAUAGAAGAUUAUGGGUGGGCAAUUUAGAUUUAAGAAUUAACGAGUACCAACUCCUAAAACUCGUCCAAAAACAUGGAACAAUCGAAAAGUUCGACCUCUUAUUCCAUCGAUCGGGUCCACAAGCUGGUCAACCUAGAGGAUACGCAUUCGUUACCUAUAAGACAAUUCAAGAUGCAAGAGCAGCCAAAGAUGCUUUACAUAAUUUAAAAGUAGGAGCAAAAAAUAUUAUUGUUAGAUGGGCUCAUAGUGUGACAGAGUCUGAUAUGGACAAGCCAAAGCCAAAAAUAGAUAUACCUGCUUUAGCUGGAGCUAAAAAAGAAGAUAAAAGAAUAAGUCGAGAAACAGCAAUUCAAGCUAUAGAAGCAAAGUUAAAAUUGAUGAAAGAAUCAGAGGAGGAGUUUGAAUUAAACAAACCUUUGAAUGGGUCACCUGUAAUACAUUUAUAUCAAAAAUCGGAAACUCCAAAACCGUCCACGUCAACCCGUUAUCAUAAUCGAAGUGGUCAUUAUCAUAACAAUAAGCCAUACAAUCGUCAUAAACCCAGAAGAUAAUUUAAAUCAUAUUUUCUAAUUUAUAGUAUUAUAAUUAACAAUAAUGAAUUUAUUUUUAUUGAUCGAUGCUGUUCCAUGACUAGUUGAUAUUUAUAUUAUUUAUA